GAAGUGCUGACGAGUGGAAAUCGACUUUCGUGGGUUUGGAUUUAUCUCAGAAAAGAGUGAUUUUAAGAAGAAAACUCUAAAGAUUAUUGUUAUAGUGGGUGAAAUUUCCUACAAAAAAGGUCUCUUGCCAGUUUUUCAUAGAAUCACUGAUUAUGGAGAUAAUUUCGUUUUUAAUGAAGUAGGGACAAGCUAUUUUUUUGUUUUGCGUUCUACGGCUUCAUACUUCAUUACUCGGUAUAUAGGUAUAAUCAUCGAACGUGGCUGUCAAAUUUACUGACCUCAUCGAGGCAUAAAGGACAAAUAGCGUCAUUCUUCAAGUACAAAUGGUUGUGAAUGCGUGAAUGCUUAACUAUGGGGAAAAAUAAAGCUCAACGAACAAAGAAUAACGCCAAGCCCUCAAACAGUAGCAGGAGUGCCGAGCUCUUGGGGACAACGAUACCGAAUUUCGUGGGAUUCUCUGCAGUCAAGGAUGGAGGGUACGUACCUGUGCUCCCUGGACUGUCUAUCAGUGCCAUCAACGAAGUGGAAAUCAACACGAUCGAUCCCAACUUCCAGAUGGUAUUCAAAAAGAUGAAUAAGAAGGAUCCAACAACUAAAUUUAAGGCGCUUCAAGAAUUUGCAGAUCUCUGCAGAGAUUCUCCCCUUCCUGCCGUGGAAGGUGUCCUACCUUUCUGGCCGCGUCUCUACUGCGCCCUUUCCGUGGACAUCGAGCACCGUGUCCGAGAGGCCUCUCAACUAGCCCACUCCGCCUUGGUCCUUCGAGUGGGUCGUACCAUAGCUCUCUACCUGAAACAGCUCGCCGGCUCCUGGUACACCUCUCAAUUCGAUACCUACCCCCCCGCAGCCUCCGCCGCCACCAACUCCUUCCAUUCAACCUUCCCCGAAGCUAAAUUAACUGACGCCAUCGUCCACUGUCAAGACGAGAUCCUCACCUACAUCCGGGACAACCUCACCCACCAGUCCCCACACUCCCUCGCCACUCAGAAGACUCUUACACCCGAGGAAACGGAGACCAAACACCAGAGAGUCUUGAUCUGCAGUCUCCAAGGCUAUUCCCAUUACUUCAAACAAGUCCCCUCUGCCCAAAUAACGAAAACCGUUAACCUCCACAACCAGAUAAUUUCAUCCUCGAAGUUUUGGAAAUUAGGAAAACACGAAACUAUUUUAAUAAAAACAGCCUUUUUCAACGUCCUAGCUUCUCUCAUCUCCCACGCCCCAAACCUCCUAAAAGAAGAAAAAAAGCGAACAAUGACAACAAUCAUGAAUAGCCUUGACGAGACAGAACCAGGGAUCCUUUCAGCGGUCUGGGAAUGCUCCCUCGUGGCCAUAGACAAAACCGAGGACUGGCACUCAUCUGUCAGUGUUGAGAAGCUAGUCCUCCCAAAAUUGUGGAAAGUAUUAAGAAACGGCGGACAAGGAUGUGCGUCUGUCGUCUACCCCAGUCUCCUCCCCUUCCUCUCUCAAUUCCCGAAAUUCAAUAUUGAGAACAAAUCCCAACUAUUCAUCAACUUCUUCGAGAAUAUGAAACAAGGAUUCGCCGUUAAGACUGUCCUGAUGAGUAGAUCCGAGAUGCUGGCGAUUACGAAAUCCUUUGUUGAGUGCCUAAAAUACACGAUAAUGCUAAAUAACCAAGACCGAGGACUUUGUGAGGCUCUCCUAAAGGACCAGCUAAUCCCCAUUGUUGAGUCCUCCAUCAAGGGCUUUUCCCCCAUCAAGACAAUUGUCUUCACCGAAGUCACCGAUUUGAUCAGGUACUGGAGUAAAAACAGAAACAAUGGCGAGUGUAAGUCCUAUAUAGAGUUAAUUAGGGCUUUCUGGAAAGAGGUCGAGUCAAUGUUCCAACGAGUUGUCGAAUCUGCCAUUGAAUCUCACGAUAAAUCGCUGGUCAAUAGUGUCCAUGUUGCUGAGAUCAAGUUUUUGACAAGUCUUAAGAACCCUGAGAUUCCUAUAAAAAAAAAUAAGCAUGUAAGGUUCACCGAUUGUGACGAAGGGAUUGAAGAGAAAGAGAUGGAAGUCUCUGAAGUUGAUGCUGCAACCGAAGAUGAUGAGAUGUUCCUGAAAGAACUAGAGCAAUUUGUCAAUAAACUCUGCAUUUCGUACAUUAAGAACACCCGGAUCAACGAGUCCAACAACGAUAUUAUUCAUUUGAAUCGACUAGUCUCGAUUUUUGAGUCAAAAGAUCUCUUCUUUUCUCUAGCGAGCGCCCAACGAAACGGUGGAAAUCUGCUAGACUUUUAUAAUGAGAACCUCAAGCCGCGGGUUGAGAGCAAUUCUCAAGAUACUGACGCAGUCGUUCAACUGAUCUUUACUCUACUGAAAUAUAUGACUGACGAAGAGAAGAAAAUCGUUCUCAAUUCUUUGAUCAAGCUUGAGGAGAAGAGUUUGUUGAACUCGGCUGUGAAUUGUGCUCUUUGUGAAGGAAAUAGAAUAGAUGACUUGAUUAAGCAGUGGCUGAAGACUUCCAGAGUGACUGAACAUUUGAUAAACAUUUCCAAAGAGAUCAUUAGACAGGAGACUCCAGAGAAGAUCGAUGAGAGACUACUUUUGUUAGCUUUCGAGUCGACUUACGGUGAAUUUUCAGUGAAUGUAGAAGCCAUUAAUGAAAUUUCAGAAAUUCUUUGCUCAGUUCCGAUCACGUCUGAUUAUAAAAUAUUCGAAACUGUUGUCGAGUUGAUCGCCAAGCUUUUGGAGCUAACUUGGGACCAUAGAAAAUGGUCUUCAGGAGCUUUGAGAUUGCUCAAGACUCUUUUCGAGCUGAGUCUUUAUGAGGAUUUGUCGAUUGAGAUUAAAGAGUCGAUCCAACAGAAGUGGAAGAUCGGUUUUUUGAGGAUUCAGCAUAAGUUGAAUGGUCAGGACAAUAUACCACAGUUAUUUGACGUCCAGAGAGACUGCAUGACGAUGAUCUAUGACAGGCUUUAUGGAUCUGAGUACACGAAUAUCGAGCAACUCGUCAAGGUCUCCGUUGAUUUAAUGGAAUCUUCGAGUAAUUAUGAGUAUCAUGAAGCUCUGAACGCUUUAAUUGAGUUUAAUUUUGAACAGAAGACUCUGUUUGAUGAAUGGAUUCCUCGAGCUACUGAUUUGGUUCUACAGGGAGAGCUUAUUUCUGGGGAUUUCCAUUUUCAGAAUCCGCUCAGGAGUAUUAGAUUGGAUGAAGAAGUGACUCUAGCCCUUCCGGAAGAUGAAAAAACUCCGGAUAUGACGGAGUCUUGUUUGAAAUGGGCAUUAUUCAACACGAAACUGAUGAAUAGUUUGAUUGUAAAGCUUGAUGAUGACGAAAUUGAUGAAUCUGCACUGGACGAUUGCUUCAAGAAACUUCCAAAUAUUCUCAAUUCUAUCAUUCUCAUCACGAGUUUAGGGAAGUUGUACCAGAGUCAUUACAAAUACUCGAGGAGUUAUGACUCAAUUGUUGAAAUUCAUAAGCAGUUGGAGGACCAGUGCAGAGAGCUGAGGGAUGAAAUGCCUAAAAAGGUUUGGUCGAGGAUUCUCGAGCCUGCAGAUGUCGAUACCUUCUGGACCGAAUUCGGAAGCAUCUUUAGUGAGUUCUUGAAGUAUUUGACCGGAAAUGAUGAGCAUUUAGUCAGGGUGAAAGAACGAGGAGCGGAGUUCUUGGAGAAUUAUCUGGAUAAAAAUACGCCAGAAAAAACAGAAAAAAAUGACGAAACUGAGAAAACCCUCAGCCAUCACUUAAACGCUCUCAUCAUCUCGAGGAAUCUCCUCAAGACGAAGAAAUAUCCAUCUAGAUCACUGGAGGUUCUCAAACAUUUGAUAUAUCUUCACAAAAAACGAGUAUACCUCUUGCACGAUGGAGAAAAACCUUCCAGUAUCACCUCAAUUUCACUCUCUGAUUUCUAUUUGCGUUUGGAGUUCAUUAGGCUCUUCACGCAGGUCGUCCAGACAAUCCCACAAGAGUUGGACACCAGUUUAUGGGACUCUGCCAUGGUUUAUCUGACGUCUUGGCUGCUUUCGUUUGCAAAAUCCAAGGAAAAUCAUGAGGAUAUCAAGGUACGAUGCUUUGUAGCAGCUGUCAGCAAUCUUUUCUACCAACUCCAGAUAGUACUGAGGAGACACAAGGCCGAGAGGAUCUUGGGGGUACCUGCGAACUUAUUGGAAGAGUGGAGGGAAAUAUUCGCUGAGGAUGUGCAUCAGACUGUUGUGGAGAUGUGGAUGUUCUAUGGGAAUCUUUUAAACUCGAAAGACGAUCAUUUGACCCCAAUCAUUGUUCUGAACCAUUUAGGAAGGGCUUUGAGGGGUUUAGACGGAGACAUCAUCUCUAUGGAUGAAUCCUCGAGGAUCAACGCAGAUCAGUUGGUCAGAUUCUGCAUCAAGCUGUUGUCGUCCCCAGUGACAUCUUUGCAAAUCUCAUGCUUCCACCUCCUCAAAGUUCUGAUUCCGAAGCUGGUCGGGGAGGACAAGCUAAGGAUUGAAGAGGAAAACUUGGCGUCUAAGGGAUUGAACCUCGUGAAGUUCGAGGAGAGUCUCUUGGAGAAUCAGAGAAUUGUCAAUGCUAUGUUAAUGGAGUUUAGGUUAUGUGAUACCGUGAGCUGCGUUAUUCAGACGCACACAGAUUCAUAUACUUAUACGUUGGCUUACCUACUGGAGUGGAUGGUGCUGCUGGAGAUGUGUGAAGCUGCACAUGCAGAUCUUAGGUAUCAGUAUGCUGAGGUGCUCAAGGAUGAGCUGUUCCCAAGUUUGAUGAAUAAUGUCUUUAGGCUGAUGCCUGUGGAGGUGCUGCAGGAGAACAAGAGUAAGGGGAUGGUGGGACAGAUUACAGAGAUGUUCAGGAGUGAACCUGUGGUAGAGGUGGGCGGAAGCACAAGCGAGAUUAGGGUCGAGGAAAUUGUCUGCUGGAUUUAUAUUAAGUGUCUGAGGCAUUUGCCAGUCCUGGCGAGGCAAUGGUGGAGCACGACAGAGAGCAGAGUCAGCAGUACAGUCGAGAGAAUCACAACUCUCUACGUCAGUCCCAUUCUCUGCCAAGAAGAGCUGUUCAACAAACGAUUGAACGAUGUGGGAAAUUUGCAGAUCAAAGUGCAGCCAAAUGCUAGAGCCGUGGUUGCUCUCUACGAGAUGGACGAUACCAAGUUAGAGCUGAGUAUGGUGCUUCCUGUCAAUCAUCCCUUGGGGCUAGUCACAGUAGAACCUGGACAGCAUGCAGGAGGUGCAUCAAACUGGAGAAAUUGUCACAUGCAGCUGUCGAUAUUUCUGACACACCAGAAUGGCUCCAUUUGGGACGGACUCAUGAUGUGGAAGAGGAAUCUGGAUAAAAAGUUUGCUGGAGUCGAGGAGUGCUACAUCUGUUUCAGUAUCUUUCAUAUCAACACGUAUCAGAUACCGAAACUGUCAUGCCAUACCUGCAGGAAGAAGUUCCAUGCACCUUGUUUGUACAAAUGGUUCAGCACGAGCCAGAAAGCCACAUGUCCCAUCUGUCGAAAUGUCUUCUGAGGUGAAAUCAAUCACCAAUGUCGCGCACAUGAAUUUCUCUCCGUAUUCGUAUUUAUACUGAUUUAGAUCUAAAAACUACGCAAAUGUUAUGUUUUGAUGAAAUGGGUGAAACAGUGGAGAGUUUAUGUAUAAAGUGAAUGAUUAAAUAUUCUUCAAUUUA